AUGCACGCGCAUGCUCAUGGUCAUGUCAAGGACAUGAGUGCCAAUCAGAUGUCACCGGACGAAAUGCUAAUGCAGGCUGCGACACACAUACAAGGCGGCCAAGAUUUUCAAAUGGAUGCUUCCAUGAGUGCUCCAAUGGGUCAUCACUUGCAAUACCAACAACGGCAUCCUUCGCAAAGGCACCCCCUUCCAGCUGAACAGUACAACAACAAUGCCAGCUUUACCGAAGGCGACAGUCAACUGAUAGAACGCGAUGAAAACGACGAGGCCGAUUCUCGAAUGGUUAUGGGCGGAGCUCCUAAAAACACGUCGGCUCGAUCGAGCGCUAACAACGAGCAUGAAAUGAGACAACUGUAUCAUGUCAACAAGCACCGUGGCCUUGACGAUGUGGCCAAGGAGUUGCACGGCAAUGACAGAGGUCCCAGCUCGGAGCGAGCGCGACAGGUGUUUGCCAUGCUUUGGAUUAACUCAGUUUGUAGCAGCGGCAAAGGAUCUGUCCCACGAGGACGGGUGUAUGCCAACUACGCCUCGAAGUGUGCCAACGAGAGGAUAACUGUACUCAAUCCUGCCAGUUUUGGCAAGCUUGUUCGCGUUUUGUUCCCUGGUCUCAAGACAAGACGGCUAGGUGUCCGUGGAGAAUCCAAGUAUCAUUAUGUCAACUUCACUCUGAAAGAGGAAUCGCCUGAGGUACAUGAAGCUCCAGCCCAGAUAGCUCGCCCUCAGAUUGAAAGUACAAGUUUCACUCCAGACUUCAACCAACUCCCAGCACCAUCAAAUACCAAUUUAAGUCAAGGAGCACUGCCUUCACCUCACAUCGGUACCAACGCCAAGCCAGACACAAACACGCGCCAAUUCGUUUCCCCGUCUCACAGCCUAUAUAAUGAGCAUGAAGUUCGAAGCUUGGAGAGUCUCAACUCCACAACAAAGACCCAACUCGAACUCGCCUUCCCUCCCGAAACCGACGAGCCUAUUGAUCCUGGUGAUCCUCUUCCUCUGCCAUCUAUCGAACAAUUCCUCCCUCAAGGAACCGAUCCUGAUGCUGCCAUGUCUCUGUCAGCAUUGUACAGAUCUCACUGCACAUCGUUAGUUGAGUGCAUAAGGUAUUGCAAGGAGAAAAACUUCUUCCACCUAUACACCUCUUUUCAAGGAACACUGACAAUGCCUGUGCAAAAACUGCUUGGGAACCCAGCCAUGGCGCCUUGGAUCGAGGCGUGUGAUUUUGUGCUCUACCAACGCAUGAUGAAGAUUGUAUCGAGUCUCACCCUCCAAGUGGUGCCAAAGCCUAUCUUAGAUACCUUUCGGACCAUAUCAGACAAGCUUGUCCCCCAUAUCCGGGAGUCUUUCCAAGGCCAACCUCAGCACGUAAUACGAGCCAAGGAAGGCCCCGCGACGCUUUUUGCUGGCCUCCUCGACCGUGCACUUAGAGUGAACCUGACGGCUCACGCGGCAGCAAAUAUGCUUUCCAGCCAAGAUAAUCGUAACCAGAUGUUCUCGGAUUGGGUUACCAUGAUACGACUACGAAAGAUUGCCGAGUGCGUACCUACUCGAGGCAUGGACGAUGUGGUAAAUGUUCUCCUUCAUGAGAUUCGAUCUCUUUUGGAUAAUCCCGAGGUGCCUUGGGAAUUAGAGACUAUCACGGUCUACGGAGAAAUCAACACAGGCAACAGUCGCCCGGAUAACGGCAACACACGCGCUUCAGGUCAAAAUGUGCUUGACAGCUGGGUUGAGUUUCUUCGACGCUUGCCCAGCAGAUUCCCUUACGCUUCGCCCACGGAAAUCGUUUGGUGUAUCGAGCGCAUUGGCACAGCAGUGAUGCGAGACAUCACGCUUGGUGGGGGAAAGAGCUUCGGUGCGUGGUGGGUGACAAAAACAUGGCUGGAUGAAAUGACAUGCUUUCUGGCGGAGACGGGAGGAUUCAUGACGCAGAGGAGCAGCCACACCACGGGGACCAAUACAGCCGCUCCCCCUCCACAAACAGCGAAAGACACAAGCCGACAAAAUUCCCGAUACAGCAGUGGCAGCGAUGAACUCAACUUGAACAAUGCGUCUCAGAACCAAGGAGAACGAGCACCGUUUCCUCCGGCCUCCAACAAAGUGAACCAAAACUCGAUGAGCAUGAGUGGUGGCGAUAUGCACGACGACAGUGGCAUCGGGAUCAGAACGCCCGAGGAAGAAUUCAACUUGGAUAAGUUUGACUACGCGGGUGCAGAAAACCAGGAGCACGACAUGUUGACAGGAUCCGAGUUCGCCCCAGGCGGGCUAUGA